GAUGAAGGCUGCUGGUGUUUUGGCCCUGAUGGGCUGCCUGAUCACAGUCGUUGAACCCAAAAUCUACACUCGUUGUAAACUGGCAAAAAUAUUUUCGAGGGCUGGCCUGGAUAAUUACCGGGGCUUUAGCCUUGGAAACUGGAUCUGCAUGGCCUACUAUGAGAGCCACUACAACACCACGGCUCAGACCAACCUGGAGGACGGGAGCACCGACUAUGGCAUUUUCCAGAUCAACAGUUACACGUGGUGCAGACGUGCGAAGCUACAAGAGAAAAACCACUGUCAUGUGGCCUGCUCAGCUUUGAUCACUGAUGACCUCACAGAUGCAAUUCUCUGUGCCAAGAAAAUCGUUAAAGAAACAGAUGGGAUGAACUACUGGCAAGGCUGGAAGAAGAACUGUGAGGGCAAAGACCUGUCUGAGUGGAAAAAGGGAUGCGAGGUUUCAUAACCUGGACUUGCGCCAAGGAUGCUUCGCAACGGCCCCAGGAUUUCUAAGAAUGGUUGUGUCAUUUUGUC